GUCCAGGCAAAAAGCAUCAAACAGAGAAGCAGGACAUUAGAGCUCAAGGCAAGGAUGCAGUUACCACAAUGUCCCAAGUAGCAAUGGUGCUGAAAGCAGAGAAUAUAGAGGAUUCUGAAUGUCAAAGCAGCGCCAAGACCAUGCAGACCUCAGUUUUCUGUAUGCAGUACAGUAAUCCUAAAGCAAAGAGAACAUCACUGACAGUGAGGAGAACAACAAGGAGAGCAGCAACAAAGCGCAUGCGCUGUACUAAACCCACAGUAAAGGACUGUCAUGAGGUCACUUCUGAGGGUCAGUCUGCAGUGAGUUUUGAAAUUGUCACUCCAGAGCCACAGAGUAGAAAAAGUCAGAGACAUUUGGCUGUAUCUAAUGAGAGGAACAGUUCUCCUCAUCAAACAGGAGAAGUGAGUGAUGCCUCAGUUGUUUACCAGAAAGGGAUCAGAGUUCAAAGGUCAUGUGUAAGGAAAAGCAGGAAGAUCAAUAAGAUGGUAACUGAUAAAAUAUCUAAAAUCAAGCCUGACAAAAGACAGAAGCAAUUUUCCAGUGGUUCACCAUGUAUGAAAGGACUUCACUGUGGUUUUUGCCAGACAGAGCUCCUUCCCUUUGCUCAAGGUGUAGUACAGAGUGCACUGUGUAAACAAGAAGAAGUGUCUGAGUUAGUGGCGAGCUUGGAGCAGUCGAGUGAGAGACCACAAUGUCCGUGCGGUCCCUUAAGAGCCACUCAGUUUAAUGGCAAUUCCCUACUAAUGGUCCAAAACAGCUUAGCUUUACAGACCCUGCGCUGUUCACUUCAGCCCUACAUGCCUGAGAAUAAAAAAGGCUUGUACUUGUACAAUGCAGUAUGGAACAAGGCCAAGUGUUCAGUGACCCAGCUGCUGCAGUGUCAGACGUGUGUGUCUGACCACGCUGAUUGUGCCGUUAUCAUGGCAGCAGAGGUCCAGCACCCUAAGGACCCUGAUCUUAACCAGAUCUGGUUGGUUCCAUCAGCACUGCGGUUCUGCUCUAGGAUCAGGACUCUUAGGCCUGUUCAAGGGAGUCAGCAGUGAGCUGCAUUUUCACACUCUUUAGAGGUUUGCAUGCAUGCAAGUAAUCUUACUUUUUGUUAUAAACCCAACUGUAUACUUUACUCCAGUAACG